AUGACACUGCGUGACUAUCCAACGGAUCCUAUCAAAACCCUCAUUGACUCUGGCGCCACCUCCAAUUUCAUAUCUCCCACUGAGGAUGUUAGACAGUACAAUAUCCCAGACUGGUCGCAUAUGGCACCAGGUUCAACUUGCGGUCUUGGCAACACCCCAGCUAUACUUGGCAUGACAUGGCUCACAUUGGAAUCUCCCUUGAUUGACUGGCAACAGGGACUUGUCACGUUUCCUGAACAGGUCCAAAUAGCAUUGGAAGAAGAAGCCGACUCAGAUCCUCUAGCAGACCUCCCCUCUCAAUAUCAUGAGUUUGCUAAAGUAUUUGGCAAAGAAGAGUUCAAGGUUUUACCCCCCCACAGGGAGUACGACAUUGCCAUAGACCUUGUCCCUGACGCCAAAUUAACCCCAGGCCCCAUAUAUGGGAUGACUGAUGCAGAGUCUAAGGCCCUGAAACAACAUAUUGACAAGGAAUUGGCAACAGGCAAGAUCCGCCCAAGCACCUUGUUGGCAGGAGCCCUGGUCAUGUUUGUCAAAAAAGCGGAUGGUUCCCUUAGAUUGGUGGUGGACUAUAGGAAGUUGAACGACGUCACCCACAAGAACGUCUACCCCCUCCCUAGACAGGACGACCUUAUGGCCAAACUCAGGCGCGCAAAACUAUUCACCAAGCUGGACCUACAAUGGGGAUACAACAAUGUUAGAAUCAAGGAAGGAGACGAAUGGAAGACAGCCUUCAGGACCAAAUAUGGGCUGUUUGAAUACUUAGUCAUGCCAUUUGGACUCACCAACGCCCCAGCCACUUUUCAACACUUUAUGAACAACCUGUUCAGGGAUCUGAUUGACGUCACGGUGGUAAUUUACCUAGAUGAUAUUCUCAUUUUUUUGGAAAAUCCAGAGGAUCACCCAGCCCACGUCAGAGAAGUACUGUCACGCCUUAUGAAGAACCAGCUCUUCUGCAAAUUAUCAAAAUGUCACUUCCACGUCACCACGGUCGAUUAUCUUGGCAUUGUUAUAUCUCCUUCAGGUUUCUCCAUGGACCAGAAGAAGGUAGAAGCGGUUACAUCAUGGCCUCAACCCAGAACGGUCAAACAGGUCCAGGCAUUCCUAGGAAAGGAAACCCCCUGGUCAUGGGGCAAUCUAGAGGAAGCAGCAUUCCAGGAAUUGAAGGUUCUUGUCACAAAGUUGCUGGUCCUCAUCCAUUCAAACCCAGAACUUCCCUAUUAUCUCAAGACGGAUGCCUCAGGGGUUGCCAUGGGAGCCAUUCUUAGUCAGCGGGGCCCAGAUAACCAACUACAUCCAAUUGCGUACAUGUCCAAAUCGUUCUCAGGAGCAGAAGGAAACUAUGAUACCCACAAUAAAGAACUCCUGGCCAUCAUCAAGGCCUUGGAGGAAUGGCGUAUUUUCCUGGAAGCUACAAAUAAGCCGGUCCAGGUAUUUACAGACCACCGCAACCUUGAGUAUUGGAUGCAGGCAAGGACAUUCAAUCAACGGCACGCUAGAUGGCGCGUUUUCCUAAGCAACUUCAAUUUUGAGAUACAUUACCGCCCAGGGAAGCAAUCAGGGAAGCCGGAUGCCUUGUCCAGAAGAUCAGACUACAUUGAUACUCCCCAAGAACCAGAAGUCAUGCUACCAUCAGAGGUUUUUGCCAACACGUCAGAAGAGGAAUUAGAAAUUGUCACGGACAUUCGCACCAAACUCAAGGAAGACCCAUCACUAGAACCAAUCAUCAAAUUCCUUACUGAAGAUGCAGACAACGCGCCCCCUUCAAUCAGGAAGGCCUACAGAGAAUAUGAUUGGGAAGAGGAUCUAUUAUGGUACCGCGGAAAACUGGUAGUUCUGGACUCAGAAACCCUGAAAGAGCAACUACUGAGGGAAUUCCAUGACUCCCCGCUGGCGGGUCACCCAGGCCAACAAAGGACGCUUGAACUUGUCAGCAGAAACUAUUGGUGGCCUGGAAUGAAAUCCUCUGCUAAAGAAUGGGUCAAAUGCUGUCCAGUUUGUCAAGCCAACCAACGAGCGCAUGCCCCGGUUAUCUCACUGAAGCCCUUAGAAGUCCCCCCUUUCCCCUUUCACACCAUAUCCUACAACUUCAUUACAGGGUUCCCCAAAUCCCAGGGACAUGACGCCAUACUGGUCGUAAUUGAUUCCUUUUCAAAGUUUGGUCACUUUAUCCCCACCUCAAAAAGGGUCACAUCAAAAGGGUUAGCGGACUUAUUUGUCAAUCACGUCUGGAAGUUACAUGGGUUACCCAUAAAAACCAUCUCCAAUAGAGGCACCACGUUCACCGGGAAGUUCCUCAGGGCACUAUACCAACAACUUGGGAUUAAACCUGCCUUCUCAUUGGCCUAUCACCCGGAAUCCAACGGUCAAACAGAGAGGGUUAACCAGUUCAUAGAGUUCUACCUCAGAUUGUACGUGGCUGCAGACCACUCAGAUUGGGCCACAUGGUUGCCACUGGCUGAAUAUGCAUACAACAACGCCAAGCAUUCUGCCACAGGGAAAACCCCUUUUGAACUGAUAUAUGGAAGAAACCCGGUCAUGAACCCAUCCAACAUCCCAGCUAACGUCCCAGAAGCUGAUCUUGUAGCAGACACCCUUGCACAGGAAUGGAAGGAAGCAGAAUCCGCUUUGAGGAUGACAAAGGAAAGAAUGGCAGGAUCAAAAGGCACAACUCCAGUAUACGCUAUUGGGGAAAAACGCCUAGGGCCCUUUGAAAUCACCAAGAAGAUCUCAAGCCAUGCUUACCGCCUAAAGCUCCCUGAAACACUAAAAAUCCAUGACGUUUUCUACGUGGGGCUACUUUCCAAAAGCCAUGAAUCACCAAACCAGCCAUUUCCGGAAUGCCCUCCUCCUGAGUCAAUAGAAGGAGAGGAAGAAUACAAAGUAGAACAGAUCAUAGAUUCCAAGAGGCAACGGGGAAAGUGGUUCUAUCUGAUCAAAUGGAAAGGGUACGGUCCAGAAGACAACUCCUGGGAACCAGAGGAACUACUGGAACAUAGUCAGGAAGAAAUCUGUUGCUUCAAUAAAUCACAACUGAAAAAGGCUUGUGACUCCGCCAAGAGCCUUUAA